GGCGGAACACCCGGCAUCAAUCAAGGAUCCUCCCCCCUUUCCAUUGCUCUUUGAUUUUUCCACCUCACAAUGUCCUCCCGCAAGAAGCUCCUUCUUAAGAUCAUCAUCCUCGGGGACUCUGGUGUCGGCAAGACCUGCCUGAUGAACCAGUAUGUCAACCGCAAGUUCAGCACCCAGUACAAGGCCACCAUCGGUGCCGACUUCCUGACCAAGGAGGUUUGCAUCGACGACCGCAACGUCACCAUGCAGAUCUGGGAUACCGCCGGCCUCGAGCGCUUCCAGUCCCUCGGUGUGGCCUUCUACCGCGGUGCCGACUGCUGCGCCCUUGUCUUCGACGUCACCAGUGCCAAGAGCUUCGACAACCUGGACUCCUGGCGCGAGGAGUUCCUCAUCCAGGCCAGCCCCCGCGACCCGAACCGCUUCCCCUUCGUCGUGCUCGGCAACAAGUUUGACUACCCCCAGGACCAGCAUGAGGUCACGGCCAAGCGCGCCGAGGCCUGGUGUGCCAACAAGUUCAACAUCCCCUACUUCCCCACCUCGGCCCGUGAGAACCUCAACGUCGAGCAGGCUUUCCUCACCGUUUCUCGCAAGGCUCUCGAGCAGGACCCCGUCGCCGACCCGUACAGCGACUUCAGCACCAACAUCCGCCUGGAGGACAACCCCCCCUCCGGCGGCGAUUCCUGCGCCUGCUAAGCGCACUUGCCACGCGCGGAAGGCGACGAAUGCACCGUGGGGCCGAGGGGGGCGCUCGGCCGCGCAGGGCACGCGCGCGCAUGCCCACCCACCUACACAUACACAUGCCAACACACCUCUCGUCGCGCGCAACACACUUCCUCAGCCUCUGUGUGUGUGUGUCUCUCUCUCUCUCUCUCUCUUUCUCUCCCUCCCUCCCUCUCGGGGCACGCUCACGAGAGCCGGGUGACGCAGGGGGGAAGUGUAUGACGCGCGCACGAGAGCCCCAAGCCGGGUUCAAAUGGACAGGAGCGUGCUCGCCGCCGCAUGGGCUGUGUAUGGGUGGUGUGUGGGCCGUCAAAGCGAAGCUCCCCUCUUCUUCCUCUUCCGCCUCUCGCACCUCGCGCUGCCUCUCUCUCUCUCUCUCUUUCCUUCCCCCGCCCCUCUGCCUGGGGCAGGCAUAUCUCCCCCUUCCCCCCUCCUCCCCCCUCUCUCUAGCGCGCCGAGGCGAGCCGUCCGCGCGUCACAUCACACUGUCGUUGUUUGUUUGCCACACGCACAUGCAUCUAUCGUCCCUUUUCUGUCCCCUUCUCUUCGGGGAGAGCGUCCCACAAAAUACACCUCGAAUAUGAUACCCA